AUGUCAUCAACUUCCAGCGAGAAAAAUGAAACGAAUUCUCGGACCCGAGACCAUAAUCAAGGUCGUCAAGAUCGCGCUUACACAUCUGCCCAAGCAGCAGCUGUAGAACGAGUCCGCAAAUGCAAAUCCACAAACUACUAUGCUAUUCUCGACAUUGAGACUACCGCUACAGAAACAGAGGUUCGCAAGGCCUACAGAAAACUUGCCCUUGUUAUGCAUCCUGAUAAGAAUGGCGCCCCAGGUGCUGAUGAAGCUUUUAAGAUGGUAGCGAAAGCUUUUCAGGUACUUUCUGAUCCGGACAAAAAACGGAUAUAUGAUCAAACUGGCUCAGAUCCUGAAUCUCGAAGCGCUGCUGCUUCCGGUAUGAACGGGUUCAGCGGGUUUGGCCCAGGAAUGGCUCGGGCCGGUGGUCCCGGUGCUGCCGGAUUUUCAGACGAUUUCGCAGACGAAAUAUUUCGAGCCUUUUUUGGCGGCGGAGCAGGUGGUGAUGCUUUCCAAACUUUCGGUACUUCCUUUGGACCUAACAUUCGUUUUCAAACUUUUGGAGGACCGCGGCGAGGUCCGGCCGGUGCGCGGCAAGCCAACGGAGGCAACGGUGUGCCUCAAGAACCUCAAGAUUUUAUGUCGAAUCUGGUGCGUCUACUGCCGCUUUUAUUGCUUUUUAUCACACCGCUUUUAUCUUCGCUUUUUGAUUCCUCAUCAUCGUCAGGAUAUGUUCGGAACACCCGGUUUGAAUUCACACCUAGUCCACCAUACACAGAAUUACGCACAACUUACCAGCACAAUAUUCCUUAUUUUGUGAAUCCAUCAGACGUUCGCAGCAUGUCAACAGGAAAACUGAGGCAAUUAGAUAACCGCGCUGAGUUGACAUAUUUGCGGUCGUUACGGGAUAUGUGCAAUCGUGAGUAUGAGACUCGACAACAGAAGAUCAUGGAUGCUCAGGGAUGGUUUUCCACAGAUAAGGAUGCUUUGGAGAAGGCAAAAAAGAUGAAGUUACCAUCUUGCCAAAAGCUUGACAAGUUGGGUAUACAAUAUUGA